CUCGACCUCCAGCUAAGCCUAAAUGAUUAGGUCGAUUUAGCAAAAACUCCACUAGUUUCGACUGUUUCGUCGGGUGGCCAAGCCAUUCAGCCCGAAUUGAUGGCUGCUUCUCCCUGUCCUUCUGCCAGCAUCUCAGGCUCACUGCUUUGCUCCGCUUCCUCUUCCUCUUCUUUUCGCCAUGCCUUGCUCUCCCUUGUUUCGGGAGAUUUCUGCGGCGGACCCCGGCAGCGGGUUCUGAAUUCCAAGUCAUCAUCUUGCGCUGGAAGACGCCGGCGCGAGGGUUCUGUCCGGCGGGCGGCUCUCAAUACGUCCACUUCCAUUGAUCCACAGCCCUCCUUUGCGAACCCGGAGCCCGAUAUCGCCUCUCUCAAGCUCAAACUACUUGUCAGGGCAAGGGAGCAGGAGAGUGAGGUUGAUCAAGAUUGUCAGGGUGCCGUUUCUGGGCUGAACAGAGGCCUUGCAGCCAGUGUGGAAGAUCUUAGAUUAGCCGAUUCUGCAGCAAAAGAGCUUGCGGCUGCAGGUAGGCCUGUUUUCCUUUCUGAAGACCUGGAUAAGCUCCAAGGGAAGUGGAGGUUGAUCUACAGCAGUGCUUUCUCCUCUCGCUCACUUGGUGGAAGUCGCCCUGGCCCUCCUACAGGAAGGCUUAUCCCAAUUACGCUUGGGCAGGUGUUCCAGCGGAUAGAUAUUCUCAGUAAAGAUUUUGAUAAUAUUGUAGAACUUCAGUUUGGUACUCCUUGGCCGUUUCCUCAAAUUGAAGCCACAGCUACAUUGGCUCACAAAUUUGAGCUUAUAGGAACUGCAAACAUAAAGAUAACAUUCGAGAAAACAACUGUGAAACCAUCAGGGAAUUUAUCUCAGUUUCCGCCUCUUGAACUUCCCCGUCUUCCAGAUGCGCUCAGGCCUCCUUCAAACACAGGCAGUGGCGAGUUUGAAGUGAUAUACCUGGAUUCUGACUUGAGGAUUACUAGAGGAGAUAGAGGAGAGCUUAGGGUGUUUGUUAUCACAUAAUGUUAUGUAAACAAGGAGUGAUAUUAAACUAUCAAAUUCAGACAGCCUGUGCCCCUCAUAACUAUGCAAUUAAUUAUGAGGGGAUUCUCCUCACACUCACAGGUGUGUGAAUUCAAACUAUUUGAAUUUGAAUUCAGAUGAAAUCAAAUGCUGGAUUCAUUUAAAAGCAUUCUGUAAUGUAGAAAUUGUUUGAAAUCAUUGUUUUAGUGGUAAAGAUUUUUUCCUAUAUUUGGAA